AUGAUGAAGAAGAGAAACACAGUUUAUCUUUCGGAGGAUUUGAUAGUGGAGAUACUCUCUAGAGUUUCGGCUGUAUCUUUGGCACGAUUACGAACUACAUCCAAACGAUGGAACGCUCUUGUUAAGGACGAGAGACUUGCUAAGAAGCACUCUGCUUAUGCUCCAAGGCAGUCUCUGGUUAUCACGUUGAUUGAUUCCAGGGUUUAUUUAAUGAACGUGAGUCUCCAAUAUGGAAUUGAAAAGGUUGAUCUAUCUGCAAAGCUAACAGGUCAAUUCAGCCUAAAAGAUCCUCUUUCAAAUUCUUUAGAGGAAGUUGAUAUACGUAACGUCUUUCACUGCGACGGCUUAUUACUAUGCAGCACCAAAGACAAUAGAUUAGUUGUUUGGAAUCCAUGUUCAGGUGAAACAAGGUGGAUCCAACCUAGAAGUUCCUACAAGGUAUCAGACAUCUAUGCUUUAGGUUAUGAUAACACAUCCUCAUGUCACAAAAUCUUGAGGAUGGAUCGAUCUGAGGACCGUAUCCCAAUUCAAACUGAGUACCAAGUCUAUGACUUUACCUCUAAAUCGUGGCUAGUUGAUGGUGUGGCUGGAGGCUUGUUCAUACCAAGUAUUGGGACUCGGAGACGUGGCUUGUCUGUGAAGGGAAAUACUUACUGGCUUGCUCUUACUGAAGACGGACCGCCAUUUGAUAUGUUCUUAUUAUGUUUUGAUUUUUCGACUGACGGAUUUCGACGUCUGUCUCUUCCGACGGAUACUCCUUGUACUUAUUAUGAUGUGUCUUUAUCAGUGACUAGAGAAGAGCAACAACUUUGUAUGUUUAAGAGUCAUGGCUCUGAGUUAUGGAUAGCAACUAAGAUGGAGAGUACCGGAGCCAUUUCAUGGAGCAAGUCCCAUCGUUUUCACUUUAGAAUUGAUGAGAUGACUGUCUUGGCUGACCAAGAGAAGCCCGUUUUCGUGUAUCGCUUCAAACCCAAGUCCAACAUGUUACACAUUGUGGGAGAGCAUAUAUACAUCAUACAAGUGGAUCAGCAUAGUGCAGAUUCUAAAUGUCCAUAUCUCCUUACUUAUGUUCCAAGUUUGGUUCAAAUCCAACAAAGUAUCUAA